AUGUCCCCCGUCCCUCGCGCCGGCUUCACCGCCGUCAACGGCCGCGAGUCCCCCGCCGCCCCGAAGCCCAACGGCGCCCCGACAAGCCCGUCUGAGGGCCAUCCUUACCCUCCAGAGCCCCGCCCGCUAAGCCCGGCCAAGCGGAAACGAAGUCUUCUCGACGACGACCCAGACACUCCCUUCCCAUACGGCCCGCGUCGGAGGUUUGCCCCCGACUCCCCCGAUUCCGAGUCGGACGACGCCUCUCCGCCCACCGGCGCCCCGGGCCAGCACCAUGCCGACAACUCCAAGGACCGUGAGCCCUCGCACCCGGAGCCUGAACACGUCGACUCCCCGCCCCGGCACCUCCCCCCCGGCCAUGGCAAUGACGACGACGGCCCGGACGACGAUGCAGCCCGCCCCGCCGACGGCUUCGACAUAACACGGGCCGGCGUCCAGGUCAACCUGAAAAAGAACAGGAAGAGGGCCUUUGCCAAUCGCACCAAGACGGGCUGCCAGACCUGUCGGAGACGAAAAAAGAAAUGCGACGAGAAAAAGCCCGAAUGCAACAACUGCAUACGAGGCGGCUUCGUGUGUGAAGGCUACCUCACAAAAUCAACAUGGACCAGGCCGGGCAUGACAAACCACUUCUAUCUGCAGUCAAAACUUGAUUACCCUGAUUAUUUGGGCCUGUAUCUGAGACAAAACCAUGAAGCAUUGCCGGAGUCCAGGUCUCAGCAGCCCAUGAAUGGCGCCAGAGCAGCAGCAAUUAUUGAAGAAGAGCGCAACCAAGCAAACUUGCAGAGUGCCUGGAGGCUAACGGCGCAAGAGACAGCUCGCCCCCCGUUUGCACAACCUCAUGCUUUCAGCAACGAGGCCUUCAGGGCGAGUAGGCCAUUGGAGUCAGCACUAAAUGCUAGAUUGGAUUUCAUAAACCCUGUUAGAACUGAUCAGCCUACGAGUUCUCGUCCGAUUUCUCCAAACCAUGAGAUGCACGGCACAGAGAAGACGCAAGCCACCGUGGGCCCACAACUACCCCUCCAUCAUCACUUGUCAAGCACACAACCAGCUCAGUUAACAUCGUCAGUUCAGUUGCCCCAGUCAGCGUCAUACACACGGCCAGCCCAACCACCGCAACCACCGCAACCACAACCGCCCCAGACGGCCCCGACGACGCAGAUAGCGCUGCCAACGCCGAUAUUACAGCCCACACCACCAGCACCACCAUCGGAAAUGGCGCCACCAGUGCAACCGGCACCAACUCUACGGCCGGGGUAUACGGUGCUACCGCCGCAACCACUUGCGGAGAAGCAAAUUAUGCGUAAGGCGCUACGUGACUUUAAUGAUGCGGAAGCCGAUGGAUUCAGCCCGGAAGAGCAACGAAGCAUGUUGCGAGCAAUCUUGGACCCUCCAAGCACAAGACCGCCGAAUGCGCCGGCGCGCGGUUACCUGGGCAAGGACGUCUGCGUCGAUGCGCCUUUUAGUUGCCAAUACGGAUACAACCUGUCGAUCGGAGACGAAGUGACUAUCGCGCAAAAGUGCACCAUUGUCGACCCGGUGGCCGUGACGAUCGGGGCGAGGUGUGUGAUUGGGCCGAACGUAAGCAUUUACGCCGGAACGGCGAGCACGAACAUGCGUGAUCGGAAGGGCGUGCACGGGGCAGUCUAUGGGUGCGCGGUGAAGAUUGAAGAAGGCGUUUUUGUGGGAGGGGCGGCGGUCAUCCUGCCGGGCGUGACGAUUGGACGAGGGUCGACGGUUGGGGCGGCGUCGGUCGUAACCAAGGUCGGCGACGCGCGCGAGCACCAUGGAGAGCCAGGAGGGAGAGUUGUAGAAGGUCCAUGUGCCGCAAGGCCGACGGCAAGCGCCAAACAGCCGAGCCGCCUCCCCCCGCGUUUCGGCUUUCGGUCGCGCGUCACCUCUCCACCGACCACGACUCUCACCACCUCCAUCCCGUCUACGACCACACCACAACCAUGGCCUCCCCAUGCUCGAGGGUCGCCCGCCGCCUGCGCCCACGCACCGCCCUCUUCUUUCCCGGUAACCUCCCUCCGCCUCGCUUGCUGCAUGCCGAGUGUUCAUCCCGCAUCCGCAGGCCAAGGAGUGCAGCGCGUCGCCAUGGCCACGCCCUGGCUUGAAGCUUUCCCGCGCACCGUCAAGCCUAUCCUCGACGAAAUCGACUCGACUCUGAACCUUUCUCUCGCCCGUCUCAUCGCCCAUGGCCCCAGCAGCACCCUGACUGCUACGGAGAACGCCCAGCCCGCCAUCAUGGCUACCUCGGUCCUAAUCUUGCGCACACUCGAGUCUGAGUUCGGCUUCAAACCGCACGAGCGCUGUGAUUUCACCCUGGGCCAUUCCCUCGGCGAAUUUGCCGCCUUGGUCGCCGGCGGCUACCUUUCCUUUGCCGAUGCGCUGCGUUUGGUCCGUAGACGAGCUGAGGUCAUGGCGCGCUGCGCCAAAAAAGCGUCCCAUACCAUUGGCGGAGGCGAAGUGGGAAUGGAGGCGCUGGUGUGCGAGAACGAGGAGCACAUGCAUGCGCUCGUUAGCGGCGUGCGCGAGUUUCUGGGCCACUCUAGCCCGGGCGCCAAGCAAGACAGCGCUUACGACGUACCCGCCGUCCAACAGGUAUCGAUAGCCAACAUCAACAGCAAGAACCAAAUUGUGCUCAGCGGAAGCAUCGAGCGCAUUCGUACGCUGCUUGCCCACUUGCGCCAGUUCGGCGGCCAUGACCCACGCGCUGUGAGGCUCAAGGCCGACAGCCCGUUUCAUUCACCGCUCAUGAAACCGGCCGAAAAAGAGAUGAGGCGCAUACUAGAUACCCCAUCCAAGAGUACCGGCGAGGACAUUAUCUCUUGGCCCGGUACCAUAUCUUGUAUAUCCAAUGUUACCGCCCGCCCCUUUCGGACGCAAGUGGAGUUGAAAGACUUGCUAGCCAGACAGUGCGUCGAGACAGUAGAUUGGUGGGGCUCGGUGAGGUAUCUGGACAAAGAAGAGAAAGUGCGUAGGUGGAUUGGCAUUGGGCCCGGCAAGGUUGGACGCAACCUUGUUGGUAAAGAAGUAGGGAUGAAAGGGCCGGUCAAAGGCGGCGGCGUUUGGGGCAUUGAAGACCCUCGCCAAGUAGAGGAAUUGAUGAGAGCCUUGGAAGAGACGGAGAAGGCGGAAGAACACGAAGAAAAUGAUUGA